AUGCCAUAUUUGUAUUCCAAAUAGGAAGGUUCUGUUUGGGACUAAUCAAGAUAAAAUUAGAAUGAAAGGUAGAGUAAAGUUAGAUUAUUAUUUAAGAAAGUCUCUCUAUCAUAAAGAAUCACUUCCUCCCUUUAUAAUAAAUAUGCUGAAUCUCAAAACUAUUAUUAUACCAAAGUAGUUAAUGAUUUGAUUCUCAACUAACCUACUAAAGCAACAAUUUGGUUUAAAGUAUAUUAUUAUCAAUUUUGAAAAGGAUUUAUAAUAAUAUGAUGAAGAAAUGGAACACUGUAAAAAACUCUACACUUUAUCGUCAUAUCCAAAAAAAAUCAAGAUUUUAAUUGAAUUUUAUAGAGUAUUAAUAAUUCAUUACAUUUGCAGUUCCAUAAAGAGAUUCCUAGAUGGGCCGUUAAUGAAUAAAUUGUCACCAUCUUAAAUGAAUUUUACAAUCAAAGAAGAAAACUAGAUUAUUAUAAAAUACAACACAUUAUUGAAUAGGAAAAUCAAUAAAAUCCCAAUAGAACUCCAAAAGGGAUUGUUGGAGAAUAACCUCAAGAAUCUUAAAGCACUCCUAAAUCAUCUUAGGAAUCAGGUAUUGUAAUUGGAAAUGUUUUGGAUGAAUUAAUUAAUACCGAGUUAAAAUAAAGAACAUAAACUUAAGAAAGUGAAAUUAAUGAAAUUAUUUCAACUUUAAAUGCUAAUCCUUCAAAAAAACCAACAAAUUUAUAAUAAAUUAUCAAAAAUCAAUAGUGUAUUCUAAAUGAAUAAAGGUUACAAUAAUUCAUAACCUAAGAAAAACUUAAAAAAAUUAAUUUACUUAUAAAUUAAUAAAAAGCUACUAAUUAGUCAUAAAGACAAACUAAAGUUUAAAUAUUGUUCUAAGAUAAAUGUGAUUCUUUUAGAAAAUCAAAUUUAAACUAAAAUUGCUUAACAUAAAAAAAUAGAGAUAAUCCAUCUACUCAUGCUCAGAUAUUAAGUUUAUGUAAAAUUGAGUAUAAUUUUCUAGUACAAUAAAGAGUAAAAGUAAAGUUUGAAUUAAAAAAUUAAAUAAAAACAAAAGCAAUCACUGGUAAUACAUCUUUAAGGAGCCUUUAAAAAAAUAUUGAAUCUCCUAAAGCGACAAGAAAUAUCUAGUAUCAAAAACAAAGAUUUAAUUAAAAGAAAUAAUUAAAAGCAAAAACAUUUCAUGUAAAUCAAUCAAAUAAGUAAAAUAUCUAAAAAGAUAAUUAGAAAUUUAAUUGUUAGUUUAUUAGCAAACAAGAAUACAACUGUACAUGUAGAUGCAAAUUAAAAAAAUCUCCUUUUGGCUAAAUUGAAUACCUUAAACACACCAAGAUAGAUUUUAAAUUGA